ACAGCAUCAGUGGAAUCUCCCGUCUCGGGCAGUUGCAAGGCAGACUCCCGCGGCAUAAUGUCAUGCCAUCAAUCUGACUAUACUGAUAUGGGGUUUCGAGGGUUCAUCCUUCCAAUCUUGCAUAUGUAUUCGGCGUUUUCGUGUUCGGCUGGCUUUUCCUUUUGCUUGUUUCCUUUCCACUAUCCGGGACCAUCUCACGUACAACUUCUCAGUACAUGAUACCAUAUGGUAAAAUUGCCCGCAGUACGGGGGUAUUUAAUGUAAUAUCGCUAGAUCCACAAGACAAAUUUUUUCUUUACAAAAAGCUCAU